AGACAGAGGGGGAGAGAGAGAGGGAGAGAGAGAGAGUGACAGACAGAGGGGGAGAGAGGGAGAGGGAGAGAGGUGCGUGCAGAAGCCGGUCCGCAGUGUGCUGAGCGGUCGGGGAGUUUCUCCUGUCAUCUGUCAUCAGGUCCCGUGCCGAGCGAAGGGGCUUUCCCCGAAAAGCCAGGUAGGAGGCGAGGCGUGUCUGGCGCGUCCGCUGAAGCGCCGCCGCGCGUCUCCCCCGGGCGCUGACUCCGCGCUCUUAAAGAGCGGCCGCGUCGCCGGCGCACGCUCAGACUCCCGCCAGGGGCGACGCCGCCUGCCAGCUCACGCGUGAUGCGCUAACCCGGCUCUCUGGUCCCCGAGCGAGCGAGCGAGUGGGUGAGUGAGCGAACGUUCCGACCCUGCGCCGGGCUCCGGGGACGCCGCCGCCGCCGCCGCCGUGCGCGUGAGUCAGACGCGGAGAGGCGGGCGUGCCAGCGAGACGGUGACUCAGUCACCCCCCGGACGGGGUCCUCGGGUCGCCCCAGGGGGGUAGUCCAGCCCGGCCCCCCCCUACGCUCCAGUGAAAGGGAGCCGCCGGGUGGAAAGGAGGCGACAGAUCGAUUCGGAAACGACCGGAGAGCUCCGUCUGGCAGGAGCUGGCAGAGAGGAAACUUCACGCGCUCGCAGAACGCGACGCGCCCGACCGGCGCCUGACGGAUUCCGCUGACGCCCGUGGCGACCGGGACCGCCCGUGCCGGGCGACCAUGAGGCUGGGGUGCGCCGUUUUGGGCGCCCUGUGGGUGCUGGGCAGCGUGUGCCCGAGCUGGGGCAUGUCCACCUGCAAGCCCCUGGACCUGGAGCUGGUGAAGACCAAGCGGCUGGAGGCCAUCCGGGGCCAGAUCCUCAGCAAGCUGCGGCUGCCCAGGGAGCCCAAGCCCGAGGAGGACGAGGAGGAGGAGGAGGAGGCGGCGGCGAGCGGCCCUCGCCGCCGCGUCAUCCCCGACGCCGUCAUGUCCGUCUACAACAGCACCCUGGAGCUGAGCCGCGAGCAGGCCGAGCAGGCCAGCGCCCUGCCCUCGCUGGACGCCGACGAGGAGGAGUACUUCGCCAAGGAGGUGCACAAGUUCGACAUGAAGGAUAAAAGCGAGAACAACACGGGGCAGCAGAUACUCUUCAACGUCAGCGAGAUGCGGGCCAGCCUGGGCGGCGCCCGGCUGCUCUCAUUGGCCGAGCUGCGGCUCCUCAUCAAGAGCUCCAGCAUGCCCCCCGGCACCGAGCAGAGGCUGGAGCUCUACCAGGGCCUGGGGGACCGCGCCCGCUACCUGGGAUCGCGCUUCGUCUCCAACGGCUGGAUCGACCGUUGGCUGUCGUUCGACGUCACGCAAACCGUGAAGGACUGGCUACAGGCUCCUGAAGGAGAGCAGUGGUUCCAGCUGAAGCUGUACUGCGAAUGUGGCAAGGCCAUGGAGAAUUUCCAGUUCACCAUUUCAGGGAUGGGCAAGCAGAGGGGGGACAUCGGCAAGCUCGCCAAGAACAUGCAGAAGCCCCACAUCCUGAUGAUGUCACUUCCUGCGGACCGUGUCAGUCAUCUCACCUCGCGCAAGAAACGGGCUCCAGGCACCGACCAGACUGGCGCAGACAGGUCCGAGGGCUGCAGCGUCCGCAGCCUGUACAUCGACUUCCGCAAGGACCUGGGCUGGAAGUGGAUCCACGAGCCCGCUGGUUACCAUGCCAACUACUGCAUGGGCUCCUGCACCUACAUCUGGAACGCCGACAACAAGUACUCCCAGAUACUGGCUCUCUAUAAGCAUCACAACCCCGGGGCUUCUGCCCAGCCCUGCUGUGUUCCCCAGGUUCUGGACCCCCUCCCUAUCCUCUACUACGUGGGAAGGCAACACAAGGUGGAGCAGCUGUCCAACAUGAUCGUGAGGUCCUGCAAGUGUAGCUAAAGCCACCGCUCUCCCGCGAGCUCCGCCUGGCCAGCGCUCUCUCUCCCUCCCUCCCUCCCUCCCUCGCUCUCUCCCUCUCCCUCUCCUUCCUCCUCCUGCGUUCGACGGAGGGAGGGAGGCAUGCCGCGCGCCACGGAGCAGGGAGAGGAAAGGAAGGAAGGAUGGAGAGAUGUACAGAGAAGGACUGCGGAGAACAGAGACGAGCGGACGGAGCACCAGGAAGAAAAGAACAAUCGGGAGCGGAUCUGCGGAAUUUUUAAUUUCCGUCCUUUCAACAGAGGAACUGAUGGGACAGUACAAAGAACUCGAUUUUUAAGCUUUUAUAUGAAAUAUUUAAUUGUUUUAUUAUUAUUAUUAUUAUUUUUUAGCAGUUGUCUGUUUAUAGAUUCAAAUUAAUUUAUUUUGUUAAAAGCGAUUUGCUGUUUUGGGGAACUGAAACUUGGUGGGAGAGAAAUUGACCUUUGUGGUUUUUAAGUGAGUGAGCACUUGCCACGAUAGUUUUUGUAAACCGUAGUCAAUAGGAAUUAAAAUACACUGAACUGGCAUGACGAGGACUGUGUCACAAAAUGGCUGAAAUUGCUAAAAGGUUCUAAUUGCCCCUCCUUACUACCUUACAAUUAGGCCUUUACAUUCAUGCAGAAUAAAAGUGUAGGAAAAUGAUGCUGUGUUCUCUAAGGAGCAGAGCACUAACGCAGCACGCACACACAGCCAGUCUCCGUGGAAAAGGCUUCUGCUUUCACGGGACAAACAAAUAAGGCACUCAGGCAGAUAAGGUCCAUUGAUUCUACACGAGAGGAGCUUAAUCCCACGCGCUCCUAAAAAUCUUGGUUUAGCCGAAAACCUUUUGAAAGGUCACCUCGCAUCUCAGAAUGUCGGUGUGUGCUGAUCGGCGACGGGUCAGUUCCUCCUUUGGGCCUAACGGGUCGCGCCUCACAUGGAAGUGAGCGCGCUAGCCCAAAAAACCGAUGGUGCGCUUAGAGGCAUUGCCCUGCUAGCACACGGUAAAGUAAGACAGGCGGACGAACAGCUGGUGCCGGCCAUGCUGACGAUGCUUUCCUGGCGGGAGAGACCUGGUUGGCUGUCGUUACGGGCGCUGGACGCAACCCCGCCUCCAAGAUGGCGUAGACCGCAGGCCACGUCUCCCCGUCCAAUCCUGGCCGGGCAUCGCUGGACCAACCCCCCGGCCACCACAGGCCCAGGAGAACGGACUGUACUCUACACUCAACAUCACCAAAGGACCCCCACUCCCCUGCACCCACCUCGCCCCCCCAUCCCCGUCACAGCUCGACUGCCUGACACGGGUGUAGGAGACGCCAUCCCAGGAUGUUCUGGGUUGUGAGCUCUCAAUAAUUUCAUGGUUUUUAAAAUUGAUUUCAUUCUUUUUGUUUGGUGUACUAUAGUAAUUUUGUCUCUGUAAUGUCUUCCUCGCUUGUUCCAAGUUUUAUUAAGUGUCAUGUAUUGAUAGGGGUAUUGAAUAACAUCAAUAAUAGUAUUGCGAGUGCUAGAAUGUUAAUUGUCGGGUUGGUUUGAGAGCUGAGCGGUGUACUUGUGGUGGCAGUGUAGGGGAGGGGUGGGUAACUUUAUUCAUUGUGUUUUUCUGUCACUAUUUUAAACAGAUCCACAUUUUAUUUCAUAGUCUUUACACCUUUACAUUGGUCUUUACAACAUGCUGCAGGGUUAAAUUAUAGAUACGUUCGUUAAAAAACGUUCAGCGUCCUUUUUCCUGGUUACUGGAGCUGGCACACACCUUGUGUUUAAAGGCUGGAGGUGGCACACACCUUGUGUGAUUAAAUUGUUUCCAGGUGCUAAUCUUGGGGAAAAACCCAUGACACAUCCAUCAGAUUCACUCUGAAAAUUUAAUUCUUUUUGGCUGGACCGUAACAGCGGGGCCAGCCCUACAAACGCAAAUGUCUGUGACUGAGUGACUGAGUGAGUGAUGAAGUUACACCAUUGGUUGGCCGAGUUAUUAAGUUACACCAUUGGUCGGCCGGUUGAAGUGCAUUAGGUCCAGCCACAUACUAGGUUUUGACCUGGUCUUGUUUUCUUUGCACUGGCUAUCUCUGUCUCCUUAUUUACAGCAUCGCCUGCCAGCUACAGUGAUCUUACAAGCUAGAAAUAUCUUUAGAGUACCGUGCCUUUACUGAACAAGUUUUCGUGAAUGAAACAAAAAUAAACGGUUUCCUCUUGUUUUG